GGCAAUUUUAGUUUAUUCAAACGAAGUGUUACAUUUUUCGUUUCUGCUCUUAUAUUUUUCCCCUCUCAUUCCUCAGAGGCGAAGACCAUAACUGCCGUUAACUACUCUGUCCACUGUCCCGAAACUUUCUUUCCUAGCAAGUCCAUCUCUACGAAAUUUCCACUCCAGAUCAUUUAAUCGUUAUUUUGCUUUCUCUGUCUCUCUCACAGGCACACUCUUAUUCUCCCUAAUCAUCUAUUCUAAAAAUGAAGAGCUUCUAGAGCACUCAGCUGCCAUUUUUUCUGUUGGUUUUGCUCUUUACUUUCUGUUUGCUUUCUGAGAAAAUAUCGCAAUAGCAUAAAGAGAGAGAGAGACACCAAAGAGAAGACGGGAACGACGACGAUAACUAGUUAAAAAUCCCGUUUUUAUUGUGGUGACUGCCGAGAGGUCUGAAAUUCGGAUUGGACCAAGCCAAGUCAGGAAUAUGAUAAGGGGAAAUAAAUUUGUUAGUUCAGAUUGGAAGACUGGAUUUCAGAGAAAUCUAACAGUUCAGAAAGACAACAUUCCAGAGAUGUUGGUUUUUAUACAGGAAAGCACAAGCAAACCGUAAUCGCAAUUUCGGAUAGUAUCCACAGUUGGGAAAUGGGUUCUGACAGGUUUGAAGGGUUGAGAAUACCAGCAAAAGAAUCAGCCACUAAAAGGAAGAUUCUUGAUCCACAGAGCUCAUUUCUCCAGAAAUGGAACAUGAUAUUUUUGCUUGUUUGUCUUCUUGCACUAUCCUUAGAUCCUUUUUUCUUUUACAUUCCAGUGAUUGAUGGGUUUCAAAAAUGCCUUCAUUUGGAUAGGAAAUUGGGAACUAUAACUUGUGUUCUUCGCACCUUACUUGAUUUGUCUUAUGCACUUCGCAUGAUAUUUCAGUUUCGUACUGGGUUUAUUGCCUCUUCUUCUCACUCAUUUGGAAAAGGCAAAGUGGUUGAAGAUCCUGUAAUUAUAGCUAGAAGAUACUUGACCUCCAACUUGAUCAUUGAUGUCAUAUCAAUUCUUCCACUUCCUCAGGUAGUAGUUCUAAUCGUCAUUCCCAGCUUGAAUGGUCCUGUUUCAGUGGCUGCUACAGAUUUGUUGAAGUUUGUUAUUCUUUGCCAGUAUGUGCCAAGAUUCAUGAGAAUCUACCCUCUGUUCAAAGAAUUACGUAGAAGCUCUUGCCCGUUGAUGGAAAGAAGAUGGGUUGGAAUUGGUUAUAAUAUCUUUCUGGGUGUUCUAUUUAGUCAUGUAAUUGGAGCCUGUUGGUACUUUUUCUCAGUAGAACGUGAAGAGACCUGCUGGCGUAGAGCGUGCGAAGCCGCUUCGUGUCAUAGUAAAGAUCUUUACUGUGGAAACCACCGUGCAAAUAACGCCUUAAGCACAUUUCUGGAAGAUUCAUGCCCUUCUAUCCAGCUUGGUUCAAAUAUCUUCAACUUUGGAAUGUUCACUGAUGCUGUUGAUUCUGGUGUGGUGGGAUCAUGGAAUUUUUCUAAGAAAUUCAUCUACUGCUUUUGGUGGGGUCUGCAUAAUCUUAGCUCUUUCGGCCAAAACCUCCAGACAAGCACUUAUAUUGGAGAAAUUCUUUUUGCUCUUGUCGUAUCCGUUACAGGAAUGGCUUUAAUUUCAAUGCUUAUUAACACUAUGAUUCAGGUGUAUCUGCAAAGCCUUACAGUUAGACUAGAGGAAAUGAGAGUUAAAAUGAGAGAUGUAAAUCAAUGGAUGUCCCAUCGUAUGCUUCCAGAGGACCUAAGGGAGAGGAUUAGGACGUAUGAGCAAUACAAAUGGCGGACAACAAGAGGUGUGGAUGAAAAAAAUAUCAUCGAUGCACUUCCCAAAUACAUCAGGAGGGACAUAUAUCGCCAUCUCUACUUUGAUCUAAUCAUGAGAGUGCCAAAGUUUGCAAAAAUGGAUGAGCAAAUGUUGGAUGCAAUAUGUGAUCAUCUUAGGCCAGUGCUUUAUACAAAGGAUAGUUUGAUUUUUCGCGAGGGGGAUGCAGUUGAUGAGAUGCUAUUUAUCUUGAACGGUGAUCUAGUGAGUGUCACCACAAAUGGUGCUGUUUAUUUAAAGGCUGGUGAUUUUUAUGGAGAGGGGCUUCUUACAUGGGCAUUGGAUCCUCGAUCAAAAUCCAAGCUCCAUGUUUCGAGUAGAACUGUGCUGGCUUUGUCAGAGGUUGAAGCCUUUGCUUUAUUAGCUCAAGACUUGAAAUUUGUUGCCUCCCAAUUCCAACACACAUUCAGGUAUUUUUCUGUGCAAUGGAGAACAUGGGCAGCAGGCUGCAUACAGGCAGCUUGGCGACGUCACUGUAGGAGGAAGCAAGCUAAACCUCUAUGUUAAGUAGAAGAAAAUAUGCAAUGUGAAGUGAGGGUGCAACCUUGCCAAGCUUUUGACAUGCUAUAUUGCAAAAUUUUAUGAAAUUCUACUUCUAUUCUAUAAUAUUUGUCACAUUUAGAAUUUUA